AGCUAGCAACUAGCAGAUAGUCAGCCAUUGGCCGGUCCGAGCCUGAGCACACACAGCAUCCUUCUAGAAAAUCACCACUUAAAGUAGAAGAUAGGGACCGCUCUCAACGCUGCACAGCUAACGUCAAACACGACAAAGGAAAUCUCUUUGAAGACAAAGAGUAUAAAGAUGCCUUCAGCAACAGUUGGCAACAAUGCUGUCCAGUCUGCCAUUCCAGACCUGGGAAAUGGAAGUCAGUCUGAGGCAAUGAAGCAGGUUCUUGGUGUGAUCGACAAGAAGGUCCGCAACAUGGAAAAGAAGAAAUCGAAACUGGAUGACUAUCAGGCUAAGAAGAAUAAAGGAGAAAGGUUGAAUCAGGACCAGCUGGAGGCUUUGACGAAAUAUCAAGAGAUCACCAACAAUCUUGAGUUUGCUCGAGAGCUGCAGAAAAACUUCCUGGCAUUGGGUCAAGAAAUUCAAAAGGCAGUGAAGAAGUCUGCUAGACGGGAACAGUUGCAGCGGGAGGAGAUGGAACAGCGCCGGCUGAAGAUGGUUUUGGAACUUCAACAUUUACUGGACCAGUUGGGAGAUGACAGUGUCAGACAGGACCUUAAACGAUCUGAUGCCACCGGCUCCCCUUUGCUCACGGACGCCGACCUCACAUCCCUCGAUGAGUUUUACAAAUUGGUGGGACCUGAUAGGAACUAUGAUGUCAGGUUGACUGACCAGUAUGAAGAGGCAUCACUACACUUGUGGGACCUGCUCGAGGGCAGAGAGAAGGCUGUGGCAGGUACUACGUACAAGUCACUGAAGGACACUCUGGACAAAGUGCUGAUGAGCGGUUACUUUGACAGAGCACAACCUCAUCAGAAUGGAACAUGUCAGGAGGAAGAGGAGCAGGAGGAGCAGACUGUGGUGGCCGAGUCUAAUCCAGAGGAACAGCCAUCAGAACCUGAAGGAUUAUCUAAUGAAAAAUUCACAGAGCCAAUUAAAGUGGAGACCACAGAGUUCGUAAACAGACAGUUCAUUCCAGAAACUACAUACAGCAGCACAGAAAAAGACCAAGUGGAGGAGUGGACUGUGGAGGCCCAGAUGGUGAAUUCCCUCCAGCACCAGCCCCCUCUCCAGCUGGCCCCUGAGCCAAACAUUGCUGUGAACCAGGUCACUCCCUCUCCUGCCCCUGACCCAGUGGUCAGGAAGCAGGUAGUGCAAGACCUCAUGGCCCAGAUGCAAGGGACAUACAACUUCAUGCAGGACUCCAUGUUGGAGUUUGACGGCCAGGCUCUAGACCCAGCCAUUGUGUCUGCGCAGCCAAUGAAGCCUGUGCAGACUGUUGACAUGCAGCAGAUGGGGGGCCCUUCAAUUCAUGCUGAGUCCAGACUUCCUCAAACGACUGCAGUGUCUGGACCACAGGAAUCCUCACAAACCUCAAUGUCUCUGUCAUCCGAACAGUCUCCCGCCCCAUGUUCCCUGUCCUCUGCCUUCCCACCUGUCUCCAAACCCACCCACACUGGAGGCAUCAAUGUCAACGCAGCACCUUUCCAGUCAGUGCAAGCGGUAUUUAAUAUGAAUGCCCCAGUACCUCCAGCCACUGAUGGCCAACCAGAUGCUCUGAAGCAGCCCAGCCAGUUCCCUGGUGCCUAUGGACAGGGCUUCAGCAGCCAGUCAGAGAGUACUGUAGACCAACCUGACAUCCCACAGGAAAGAUUACAGUCAGUUGUCGGUGGGUACCAACCCCAGGACCAGGUCAUGCCCUCGGCGGGAGGCCAUGAAGAUCCCUCUUCGGUUGCUGGAUUUGGGCAGUCUGGCCAGUCCUUUUACAGCAGCAGGGCUGUGCCCAGGGGUGGACCCAGGAAUGGCCGUGGCAUGAUGAAUGGAUAUCGGGGCUCCUCCAAUGGAUUUAGAGGGGGAUAUGACGGUUAUCGCCCUCCUUUCUCAAAUGCUCCCAGCAGUUACGGUCAACAGUUCAACACAUCUCGGGACUAUUCCAAUAGUACCUACCAGCGGGAGGGAUAUCAGCCAGGCUACAAACGGGGAGCUGCUCAAGGACCUCGAGGUUUGUCUCGGGGAGGUAAUGCUCAAGCAUUGAGGUCCUAAAGGAUCCUACGGACCAUCAUGUUGCGCCAAGUUGAACAUUCAGGAUUUUUGAAUGUGUCCGCCCCAGUUCACUUUUAUAACAAUGUUUUGUUUCUCAUUGGUAAUCUUAUUUUUUUAACUCCUGGCCUACUUUAUCAGUCAGCCUGCUUUGGUCUGUCUAGAUCCUCUUAAUGUUUUAACACAAAAUGCUGAACAUCACCACAUGUAGGAUUAUCAGCAAGUCUGUGUGAUGUUAAACAACAAAUAGAUAUUCCUGUAAACUUGAAAGAUUUCAUUAAUUUAUUUUUUGUACAAAAUAAAUGCAAAAAAUACCCUGCCACUGUCGAUCGGAAUCCAUGAGAACAAUUUUCUUCUGCCCUGUGCUGUCAGCCACUGUUUCCUUUAGACCUUAUCAUUGUCAUUAAGUUUAAUGCAUUUAAUGUUUUUUUUCUUUAACCCAUUGUCACCUCCUGCGCCAUCAACUCUUUGUACACUGAUGUUAUUGGUUGAGACUGUUUCAAUAAAGUUGUGUCCUAUUACCUUGUUAAUGAUA